AUGGCGUCAAUCAUACCCGCGCGGGCCAUCAUCCCUUUUCUAGUGGGAAUGAUGUUACUUACUGGAGUGUGCAACACCCUCUUGACCAAGUACCAGGACAACCAAUGCGUUCGCAACUGUGACGACCCCGACCCGCUCAAGCGGAAGCACUUUGAGCAGCCCGUCAUUCAGACCCUCCAGAUGUUCGUCGGCGAGAUGGGCUGCUGGCUGGUUGUAGGAAUCAUGUCGCUCUGGAGCCGCUACGUCUCCAAAUCCACCACUUACGAGCGCAUCAACAACCGGACGGGCGAGGACGAGGACACCACCGUCCCCGACGACGCCAGCAUCCGCUCCCACACCCCUCUCACCGACUCAACCGCAUCUUCCAAGUACGACGGCCCCUCUAUCCUCCGCGGCUGGCGCGUCGUGCUGCUCUCGCUCCCCGCCAUCUGCGACAUCUGCGGUACUACCCUCAUGAACGCUGGCCUGCUGCUCGUGGCGGCCUCCAUCUACCAGAUGACGCGCGGCGCGCUGGUGCUCUUUGUCGGCAUCUUCAGCGUUGUUUUCUUGCGCCGCAAGCUGUACGCCUUCCAGUGGCUGUCGCUGGUGGGCGUCAUGGUAGGUGUGGCACUUGUAGGACUGGCUGGUGCGAUUCAGCCGGAUCAGAAACAUCCUAGUGCUACGACGACUAUAACUGCGGAUGUGGGCGCCGAUGCCCUCAAGGUGAUCAUUGGUGUCUUGAUGAUUGCCGGCGCGCAGAUUUUUACUGCUACGCAGUUUGUGUUGGAGGAGUACAUCCUGGAGCGGUCGACGAUCGAGCCCAUUCGUGUUGUCGGGUGGGAGGGCCUCUUUGGCUUUACCGUUACACUUCUGGGCAUGGUCAUCUUGCACUUUGCCAUUGGACGGACCGAGGCCGGUCGGUAUGGACCGUUCGAUAUGGUGGAGGGAUGGAGGCAGUUUUGGGAGUACAAACCUGUCUUCAUCUCAAGCGUUCUGAUCAUGAUCAGCAUUGGCGGCUUUAAUUUCUUUGGCCUCUCCGUAACCCGCUCUGUGAGCGCCACCUCCCGCUCCACCAUCGACACGUGUCGCACACUUUUCAUCUGGAUGGUCUCGCUCGGUCUCGGCUGGGAGACGUUCAAGUGGCUGCAGGUCAUUGGCUUUGGUCUGCUCGUUUACUUUACUUUCCUCUUUAACGGCAUCGUCGAGCCUCCGUUUGAGUUCCUCCGCGUCAGCCAGGUGGAGGAGCUGUUGCCGGAGGAGCCUAUUGAGCAUAACUGA